AUGGAAGACAUUGAAUGGAACGUAGUGAACGAGGGCCAAUUGCUGGACGCAAUGGUCGGCCACAAACCAGUUGGCGUGAACAAAUACUUCCAAAUGGCCCUGAUUUGCGACAAAUUUGCAACUAAUUUACGCAAAGACGUCGAUCCGCAGAAAAUAUGGGCCCACCUCGAAACCAUGUACAAUCUCGAGGCUUUGGACGAAAACGAGUCCAUACCUUUUCCUAAUACAGAGAAGGAAUUUUCGUUGCCAGAGUCGGAGUUUGGCGAAUUGUUGUUAAGCAAGAAAGAGGAAGAUAAAAAGAUUGAGACUGAAACAGUAAAAAUAACCAAAGAAUCAGUUAAAAAAGAAAUUAACAAGAAUACUAAAGAUGCGACACCAAGGAGGGAUAGUAAGGAGGGAGCUAAAGACAAAACUCCAGCUAAUGUGAAAAAAGAUUUGAAAAAAGAAGUCAUGGAAAAAGGUGGUAAAUCUGGCAAGGGUAGAAAUGCAGCUACCCCUAAAGAGGAAAAAAGUACACCCAAACCUACUAAAAGAACUAGGGGGAGUUUGAGUUUGAAAUCAAAUGACGAUUCGGGCUCUAGCGGCAAAUCCAGUCCGAUUACAGUCACGCCAGUUGUCAAGAGGAGGAGAGUUGUUUAA